AUGAUUUGCCUGUUAAGAUGGACUGCUUUCCUUUGGACUGUAAAUACCAUUCCUUGCACUUUUGGAAUGGCAGUGAGUGAACGAACAGAUGGCUCAUGUCCCCCUCUGAGCGUGGAGGAAUACAGGUUUUCUGAUAUUUUAGAACGUCCCCUGGAAAUCACAGGAUUUGAUCUUACGGAAAGGUUUCUUCUCCGGAAGGGAACAGUCACAGAAGACCUGCCGUCAUUUCGUUUAGGAAGCAGUCCACUCAUUAAACCAACAAAAUUGGUAUUUCCAAAUGGUCUUUCGAGUGAAUACUCCCUUGUCACCAUCUUCCGGGUAAGAAGAACAACAAAAAGAGACCGCUGGUAUCUUUGGCAGAUAUUUGACCAGUCGGGAGGCAGUCAGGUAUCUGUUGUGGUUGAUGGUGGCAAGAAGGUGGUGGAGUUUUCUUUCCAGGGCCUGCUGAAGAACACUCUCCGCUACACGUUUAAGAGCCGUGACCUACAUGCCCUCUUCGAUCGCCAGUGGCACAAGCUGAGCAUUUCUGUACAGAGCAACAUAGCCUCCAUUUACCUCGACUGCAAGCUAAUAGAAAAGAGGCUGACCGAUGAGAAGGACAACUUUGACCCAAGUGGACGCACUCUCAUCACGACGAGAGUAGAGGAUGGGCGGCCUGUAGAUAUUGAACUGAAACAAAUUCUAAUCUACUGUGACCCUUAUAUGGCUGAAAUGGAAAAUUGCUGUGAGCUACUGGAGCCAAAGUGUGAAGCCAAGAAGACAUUUAAUGGGACUUCCCCUCCCCUGGUUACAGCCCAGCUCCCCCAGAUGCUGUCUCAGCCGCCCUUACAGUCAACUGACAGAUGUCACUGUCCCACUGAAAAGGGCGACACAGGGGAGGCCGGGCUUCCAGGAAACCCAGGACAUAAUGGGGAACUUGGAUCAGAAGGGCAAAAGGGAAUCGAUGGAGAGAAGGCCGACAAAGAAUGUCUCAAAGGAGAUCAGGGCCCUCGCGGUGACAAAGGAGACAAGGGAAUGGCUGGGGUGCCAGGUCAGCCAGGGGAACCAGGCAAAGAGGGCAAAAGGGGACGGAGAGGAAAGGCAGGGGAGCCUGGACCCAGAGGCCUGCCUGGGGAGAUGGUUGAGUCUGGAGUCCCAGUGGAAAAAGGGGAGAAAGGAGAAAGAGGAGACCCCGGUCAGCCAGGUUCAGAGGGGACCAGCGGGAUGAAAGGACAAAAAGGUGACGUCGGCCCUCCUGGUCCCCCUGGUCCUGUGAUGACAGCUCACGGAUUAAGACAGCUCUCUGGAACUGAUGAAAUGAAGGAGAGGACCCUAAAGGCAGAAAAGGGAGAUCAGGGGGAGAGAGGAGCUCAAGGACCACAAGGCUUCAAGGGGAAGCCAGGCCUGCCUGGACUCCCAGGACUCCCGGGGGAGCCAGGGGAGCCAGGGGUGCCUGGGAGAGAUGGCCUGAAAGGGGAAAAGGGGGACUCUGGUGGAGUGAUGGGGCCACAGGGACCUCCAGGUCCCAAGGGUGAGCCUGGAGAGCCUGGAGGUGGAUAUAUGGGCGAUGGUUUGUCUCUAACCAGAGGGUCUCGUGGGCCCAAGGGUGAGCGAGGUGUCCCAGGAUUGCCAGGAGAUCAUGGUGAAAAAGGAGAACCUGGCGAGAGUGUCAUCGGCCCGGUUGGCCCCAUGGGACCCCCAGGAAAGCCGGGAAUUGAGGGCCCUCGUGGACCCUCAGGUUUAUCUGGCCCUCCUGGAGCUCCAGGAAGGGAGGGCUCCCCUGGUAGACCAGGCCCCCCGGGCCCUGCUGGACCCCCAGGUGAACCAACUGCUCUGCCAAUUGUUGGAGACAUGGGCGCUUUACUUAAGAAUGCCUGCAGUGUGUGCCAGACGAGAGUCCCAGGGCUUCCUGGGCAGAAGGGAGAGAAGGGGUCCCCUGGAACGCACGGAGUAGAAGGCAUGGUGGGAGAAAAGGGGGAUCCUGGUGUAAGAGGUCCUAUGGGUAACCCUGGGAAAGAAGGCCCAAAGGGUGUAAAAGGAGAGAGAGGGUUCCAAGGCCCUACAGGGGAAAAAGGUGAUGAGGGGCCUCCAGGAGUAUCAGGACUUCCUGGUGUUACUGGUCGUACAGGGGCCAAAGGGCCUAUGGGUAGACCCGGGCCAAUAGGCCAAGUGGGAGGAAAAGGAGAAAAGGGGAAUGAAGGAGCGCCAGGCAGACCAGGACUUCCGGGGCCUCCGGGCGUGCCCAGUGCGGAGGGCAAUGGGAUGAGCAGUCUGUACAAGCUGCAGAGUGGUGGAGCUAUUUUAGGACCCCCUGGAGCUCCUGGUGCCCCGGGUCCCAAAGGAGAUGAAGGACCUGCAGGGGAACCAGGGGCCAUGGGAUUACCCGGGAAUGAUGGGCUACCUGGUGCAAAGGGUGAUAUUGGUUUGACUGGUCCACCUGGGAUGACAGGUCCUGCAGGGAAGCCCGGCACUCGUGGAGAGCCAGGGAUCCCAGGAGAGCCGGGUGAGAGGGGGCCGCUCGGAGAGACAGGAUUCCCAGGGCCCGAGGGACCCCAAGGUGUUGCUGGGAGACCUGGAAAAGAUGGAACUCCUGGAUACAAGGGAGCGACAGGUAGACCAGGGGACAGAGGAUCCAAAGGAGAACGUGGUGAUCCUGGGAUUCCUGGAGAAAGAGGCGUUCAAGGCGAGAGGGGUCGCAUAGGAGAUCCUGGACCUAUUGGACCAAUCGGACCAACGGGGCUAAGGGGCGAUCCUGGCCCUCCAGGACAGUUGGGGAGUGCAAACUUCUUGGGGGAUCCCAGCUUCAUGGCUGAACUCAAAAUGUUGGUCAGAAAUGAAGUCUUGAGGGUCUUUGAAGAGAGACUGUUGAGCGCUGCCAUGCCACAGAAGACGCCUGCGGGAAUCUUAGCUUCACAAUUCCAGGGGCCUCCAGGACCUCCUGGCAAUGAUGGUUUACCAGGCCCGCCAGGAGAGCCCGGACCUCCUGGUUCCCCAGGAUACAGGGGUCAGAAAGGAGAACGAGGCCAGCUUGGUCUGGGGUUACCAGGAGAUCCAGGAGUCAUGGGGCCACCAGGCCCUCCUGGGAUCACUUCUCCGGGCCCUCCUGGCUCUCCGGGGCCCCGUGGACCUCCUGGGACAUGUGACCCCAGUGACUGCCUCCUUCCAUCCCUAUGAGCCCAGCAGAGCAGCUCAGGCUGGUUCGAGGAGGACAGGCGUCCGGCUCAGUGCUGCAUCCACAGAGCAGGAGAAGAACGGCCUCUCUGUGUCUGACAGCUCCCUCAGCUCUGGUUAAUCGGACAGACUCACAACUGACCUCUUUUGUUCACUUUACAAUAACGUUUAGAUGCAGUCAGGAUUUUGUUAUUUCUUUUUGUUUUUUUCCCGUCGGCUUUCUUUUGUUUGUUUUCACAUCCCCUACUGUGAUGUAAUGCAUUCCUUGUCAACUCUCAUUACGUCUUUCAAGACCAUGAAAUGACUUGUUUAAAUGCAGUCCUGUCUGAAAACAUGAUCUUAAUUAUUUGUUUGCCUCCUUAAUGGGCAUGGCUAUUCACUCUUCUGUUCUUAUUCAGAUAAGCCAAUGUGCUGGCAGAAGGUACAUCUCGUGUGAGUGUGUGUGUGUGUGUGUGUGUGUGUGUGUGUGUGUGUGUGUGAGAGAGAGAGAGAGAGAGAGAGAGAGAGAGAGAGACAGAGCGAGAAAGAGAUUAGCUGAAUGAAUAUACUUGUUUUAUAUGUAGGUGUGAAACAAGACAAAAGAAACUCCUUAUGCAACCAAAGUGCAGCAGAUGUGUUUGAUAUAUGGAAAUUAUUUAUUUUUAAGCGUGUUCUUCAAGAAUAUAUUUAAAAGAUGGUACUAAAUAAUAAUUAUAGUAAAUGUAGCACGGAUUUUCUGUAAUAUUAUUGCGAUGUUGGAUUAAUUUCUGGAUUACUGAGAGAUUUGUUAUGAAUUUAUCGCUCAUGACAUAUUGCAUUGUGCAUGAUAAUAAUUUUGUUAAAAGGAAUCUGCGGUAUAAUCAUUGACAAAGAUGCCUUCCCAUUUUCUGUAGGUUUUGUGUCUGUACUGAGCUUUGCCAUAUCUUUUUUGAUUUUUUUGUCUAAAACACAUCCAUCAAGAGCAGAUUUUUUUUUUCCACAUGACAAGAAUGUACUUUGAAUGUUGUUUAUGUUUAACGAGUGUGACUCACAUUCACCUACUUACUGUUGGUUUAUUCUGUAAAUAAGUUGGACGAGUGGGCUUGUAAUGGGACCUGACAAUAUAAUUACAUAAGCAAGUUGCCAUUGCAAUGACACAUCAAGGUUCUCACUUUUGUUAUCAAUCAUACAUCGCUGCAAAUAUUUAAGAUCUUUGUGUGUGUAUGUGUCUGAGAAGAUGAUUAUUAACAUUUAAUUGUUUACAAAGUGUUGUGUAUGAUGAUUCCUCUGGUUUGUUGUAUGUAUAUUUUUGAUUUCGAGCCACACAAAGGAAAUCGGACUACUACACUACAACGUCAGAUGUUUUAUAUUGGUAAAACAUGUACUCAUACAUGUACUUGAACUUCUUGUUGUUUGUUUUAAUAGCAUCAUGGUCUACAUCCUGUUUUUCUUUCACUUGCUGACCAGCGCUGUAUGUCGCUAUGUAUCGUAUGUUUUGGGGUGUCUCAUGACUGGAGUUUUGAUUUUUUUUAAUUUGUUAUGACGGGUUUCAGAGUCAUUGUUAUGUUUUAAUCUCAGAAGGUUUUGAGUCAGCUUUAUUUAAACAAGCUGUCUGAUAUUAUCAUAUCAUAUUAUCAUAUGUGAAAGGAUGAAAAUCUUACGUACCAUCACCCUUUGCAGACAAAAGUUCCCAGCAUUGAAACUUUGGAUUGAAAUGAAUGCCCUGUUUGAAGAUUUUUAAAAGGAAAUGUAAAAAUUGUUCAUCCAAAAAUGUACCUAAACUUUAUAAUCACUCUAAACAAGUACCUUUUUAUAUAGAAGAAAAACACAAUUGGCGUGUAGUUUAUAUCACUUCCCUCCUCCUCAUCAUCAUUUUGAGCGCUGUUUAAUGAGAGUUUGACUCAAAGGCUUUAAUUUUACUUUCAAGUGUCCUGCUGUGAUUAAUGUUUGAAACGUUCUGUGGGCGUAUCUGAAAUUCUGUGACAUUAGGAACCCAGCCCUAUCUGUAUUUCAUUCUUUAAGAUCUGUUUGACACUUUUUUAAAAGCUCAUGCUUCUCAUACACAUGUGAAUUAUAACUCACAUCUCACUUUGAAGCUGCAGAACUUUUUUACAGAUAUUUUUUCUCAGUGUGCAGGCUUGGUUUUAUCUCUGUUAAGUUUUUAUCAGUGUGAGUGGGUCUAAUUUUAGAUGGGUAAUGGAUCAGAUGUGUGCAACUGACUUCAUUUGUGAGUUGAAAGAGCCCCCUGCUGGACAUGGAUUUAUUUUCUCAUUGCUUGUAAUGUGAAUGGAAAACAAUCUUUCUUUGGGUUAUAGGCUACAUAAAACCCCCUCCUUCUAUUGGCUUCUGUCCUUUCAUCACACUAAUUUUCAUAUUCGGUUUAAUGGGUUCCCCUUGGAGACAGUAAUGCCAACCUUGACCAAAUUAAAAUGAGACGGCAUCUGCAAACUAAUAUGAUCCAAACUUUUUGUUGCACUGAUGGGGGCAACUCUCUGCGCAUAUUGAAUUUAGCUUAAAUUGAUAUCAAUGUGCACCGGUUUGUGACUUCAAUUUAGCUAAACAGUAUGAUAACUAGGGAGGACACAAAAUGGCUGCUGAUGUCACAGCCCACUUCACUAGCAAUUUGGUGCUGGCCAUGUUACAUGGCUCCAAGUUAAAAUCCAUUUAUUCUAAGUGAAAUUGUCAGAUGAAAGCAAACUGAAAGGAUGGAGGUGUUAUAGGUUGACACAUCCUUCAAAAUGAAAUGCUGUUAUACAUCUAAAACAAUAACAUCAGUUUUAUACAUUCACAUAUUUCAUUAUUGCUUGCUAUUUUUUUCUUUUUACAGUAAAGUAAGUUGAUCCUGUUGCCACAUAUAAUCUAAUCUUGUAAAUAAGCUUGUAAUAAGAGGGAAUAUGGAUCAGCCCCUCAGCAUGGUCCCUCGGAUUAAAAAUGUCUGCCUGCUGCUCUCACUGUAACUCCUCUCUGCUCCUUUAUAAGCUCAUGUCGUGCUGAGUGACUUUAAUGUGUGUGUUUUUAAAGUCUUUGAUUCAUUGAA